AUGGCAUUCAAAGCUUUCUGCACCCUCCUCCUGCUCCUUGUCGCCUACUCUCAGGUUUUACCCUUUCUCCGUCUUCGGCACUUCAAGUCGAAGUUUUCCAGGCUUUACCUAUCCGAGAUGAUAAAUCGACCGAACUGGCGUUGACAGAAGCUCCAACGGCCCCAGCAACGACCGCCAUAGACACUCUUGGAGAAGAAGGAGGCCGUGUCAAGCGUCAAGGCGGAUGUGGCUGUGGAUGCGGGUGCUGCUGUUGCCGUCCCAGGUAAAAUGAAUCGGAUCAAAAACUUGAGCUUUGAGCUCCUGAUUACUGUAUACGGGUAUUUUUUUUUUGGAAAAAUUUCCUCAAGCAUUUUUUACUUCUUUUUUAUAGUUAGGUUUUCUCUAUGGAGUACUGACUAAAGUACGAUUUCCGGUAACAAACGGAUUUCUGAAGGAAAUUAGAAUCAUAUGAUGCAUUUAUUUUCUGCUGAUUCUGAUCAUGUUCUGAGAUAAACUUCCUAGAGGCUUUUGAAGACUGUAUUUUCGCUCAAAAAUUUUUUUUUUUUCUGAAAACAGAUUUUUUCAAUCAAUAUCACGUAUCAAUAAAUGAGUUUUUUUUUCUAAAAAGUGAUUUUUUUUCAAGUUUGAGAGAACAAAAUUUUUUUCAAAACUUAUACAUUUUGAACUGAUCGGGUUUAAUAUUCGGAAUGAGCGUGAAAAUCACAUUAUGUGAUCCCGUUCACACUCAACAAAAAAAAUCAGUGAAUUCAGAACAUGGCACAACUGAUUGAGGUCUUGGUGUUCAUCAAAAACCAGGAUCCGUGCCUUUUUUCGCAAUCGAAUGAGCUUCCAGAUGCUGUUGUUGCUGUAGAAGGUGCUGCACUUGCUGUCGGACCUGUUGCUGUACCUGUUGCCGUCCUUGCUGCUGCUGCUGUCGUCCCUGCUGUCAGUCGUCUUUGGAAUCAUCUAAUCUACCAGGAAAUCUCUAGGCGGAUGCUGUGGAGGUUGUGGAUGCUGCGGAUGCGGCGGUGGAGGACGCAAACGAAGAAGUCUCCAGGUCUUGAAGAUCAAGCUCGCCGACCAGAUUGAGCGCCAGAACCGGUAAGGAAAAGCUACCAACUCCACAAUGAGACACUAAAUUCCAGCCAAGCCGCCCUGGCUAUCACCGGCGAAGAGGCUCAACUUCCAGAAGUCGGAGUAACUUCUGCCGUUGUCGUUCCUGAAGAAGAGCCAACAACGACGGAAUGGCCAGCGCCGGUCUACGAACUCGUGACUGAAACGUCGGCCUAG